AUGGCUCUGCCUAUUGCUUACCAAAGAGAAAUAGAAACACUUGACAAUCAAGUCCGGUUAAGAAAUCCGCCAGAUAUCCUACAGUUUUGCUCCGAAUAUUUCCUUCGUCGUCUCGCCGACGAACGCGCUACUUAUCUCAAAACGCGAGGCGCUUCCUCACUCAAUAGAACCUACGCUAUGUCUGGAACUACAUUCACGAGCCCUUUCGCGGCGAACUCUAACCCAUUCAAUAACGGUGGGGCUAAAUCCGAGUCUGGCAGAAGCACACCGCCAGGUUUACUAAAUGUGGUUGAGGAGGACGAGAACGAUACUAUCACAUCCCCCACAACACCUGCUUCCUUCCGUGGCCCCUUCGGUGGCUCCUUAGACGGAUCGCUAGACGGGCCUCCCUCCAUAAUGAGAACCCCGCCAAAUCCUGAUAGUUAUCCAGCCCAGUAUAACUUUGGCCGUCGCACCUCAGUUUCUGCCGAAUCGCUGAAACCUGUGGCAGAUGUUAAUGACAACUGGACCCCGCCGUCCUACCCUAAAACGAGCGAGCAGCUCGAGAGGUUGAAGAAGGCUAUCGAAGGGAACUUCCUGUUCAGUCACCUGGAUGAUGAGCAAAAUGAUCUGAUUUUAGGCGCUCUGCAGGAGAAACCAAUCCCCGCAAAGGAUAUCAAGGUUAUUACCCAAGGUGAUGCGGGUGACUACUUUUAUAUCGUCGAGAAGGGUUCUUUCGACGUAUAUGUCAACGAUGCGGGCUCACUUCAGCCCGGUCCUGACGGGAUGGGUAACAAGGUGGGAAUCAUACAGGCUGGGGGCUCUUUCGGUGAGCUAGCCUUGAUGUAUAAUGCGCCGAGAGCCGCGACUGUCAUUUCGGCCGAGCCUGGUUGCACAUUAUGGGCGCUUGAUCGCGUUACGUUCCGACGGAUUCUUAUGGAGUCCACAUUCGCACGUAGGCGUUUGUACGAAAGCUUCUUAGAAGAGGUACCACUUCUCUCUUCUCUCACACCCUAUGAGAGGUCAAAGAUCGCCGAUGCGUUAGAGACCAAGAAGUUCCCCAAGGGCUACACGAUUAUCAAGCAAGGGGAUAUUGGUAACUCAUUCUUCCUCCUGGAAGACGGCGAGGCAGACGCUUUCAAGGACGGGUGUUCAGAGUCAGUAAAGCACUAUAAAAAGGGUGAUUUCUUCGGUGAGCUCGCGCUCUUAGAUGAUAAGCCCCGUGCUGCGAACGUCAUUAGUGCUACUGAGGUCAAGGUUGCGACUCUAGGCAAAAGUGCGUUUCAGAGAUUACUUGGUCCUGUCGAGGGCAUCAUGAGAAGGACCAAAUACGUGGGUGUUAAGUCAGGGGUCGAAGACGCUGACCCACUAAACGGAACAUAUUAAUCAACUGCGCAUUUUCAAAGUAUAGGCAGUGGAAAUUAGACAAGACAUAUGAUACUAGGAAAGGGGGCAGUUUAGACGACGGAUGGCAGCAUUCAUUUCGGAGGAGGCGUUCUCGGAAUUACCCUCGUUUUCCGUAUUAAAUAGGACUUAUGAUAGCUUUUGAUACCGCAACAGAGGCGUUUUACCUACUAGAAAUUUUUCCUCUCGCAAUUUAGCUAAAGUUUUAUGAUUUCCCAAGCGAGUCAGUAUCAUGUUUCCUCUAAUCCCAGCCUUAGCGCCUUCCGACCGCGUGCUUUUAAUCGAUAUUCCUUUGAUUGUUCUUCUAAAUUUCGCGAUAAAUUCACCCCUCUUUGUUUUUCAAGGACUUGCUGCCUCAGUCCCUCAGUAGCAAUCUCGGUUUCGAGAACCCUACCGACACCACGUCUCCAAGCUUCGUCCAACCCCUUCAGUUCGCCACCAACCUCAUCCUGUACGCGCUGACGUUGGAUGUUGACGAGGUCAAUCUCUUUCUUGGUGGAAUCGAGCUCGCGCUCAAGGUCUCUCAGCUCGGCCUCAAGCUGCCAGUUACCAACCAGCCAGGCGUUCUUGCCGAAGCUGUCGAGAAGCUGC